UCAAGUAAGAGCUCCAGUGAUGAAGAUAACACCCCCGCAGACGUCUCUUGUGUGUACAUCGGAAAUAAACUAGAUAAAGUUUGACUGAAAGGAUGUGCGUGAAUAUAUGUUCAUUUUAAGAUGGUCUUCCAACUAUGGAGGAAGAAAAAGCUGAAUCAAAACCUCCAGUAUCAACUCAAGAAAUUCUUCGGUUGUCAGAUUUGGAAAUUUCUCUGGAGUAUGUGACUUGGACUCGUGUUGCCUUGACAACAGAUAAAUGGAUGGCCGUGAGACACAACACUAAGGGGGAAACAUCUCAGUUGACUAUUUUAAACCCAUUGGAUGGCAGCAUCAAAUAUUCUGAACCAAUUAAAGCAGACUCUGUGCAAGUGAACCCAUCUCAGCCAAUCAUAGCAGUUAAAUGUGGACAGAGACUGGAGGUCUAUAACUUUGAGACUAAUGCUAUGAUUAGUAAAUCAAGGGUUCAUGAACCUAUAGCCUUCUGGACAUGGUUGAACUCUGACAUCAUCGCUAUGGUAACUGAGAGUUUUAUAUACCAUUGGGACCUAUGGCAAGAUGACAAUCCACCUGUGAAAAUGUUUAUGAGACACAAUCGUUUGACAUUCAGUGAAAUCAUCAGUUAUAAAGCAGACUCCAGUCUGAAGUGGUUAGCAAUCACAGGCUUGAUACCAGAGGAUGAGAAGAUAACAGGAACUACACAGUUAUACAGUGUGGAUGAAGACAUCACACAGUGUAUUGGUGCUCAUGUUGUAUGCUUCAGUAGUUAUCAGUUCUCAGACAAUUUAUCUCCCUCUACAAUCUUCUGUGUAGGCUCUCGAGAUGCACAGGAUCAUGGAAAGGUUCAUGUGAUAGAGCUGGGCCCAUACAAACCUGGUAACUUUGCUCCAAAAAAUAGCUAUGACCACAUACAGUUUCUUGAUGAUGUAGACCGAUAUGAUUUCCCUGUGUCUCUUCAUGUUUCACCAGAAAAUGGAUUGCUGUUCUUGAUCACUAAGUAUGGCUAUUUGUACCUCUGUGAUCUGGAGAGCUCUGUGUGUUUGUGUUCCACCAGAAUUUCCACCAGUAUCAUUUUUUGUUCCACUUUAAACUCCACCACACAGGGUAUCCUGGGAGUCACACGUGAUGGUCAGGUAAUUAGUGUGGAUGUUGAUAAGGAUGACCUCGUAACCUAUGUCAGAGGUCGCGCCAAGACUGCAAAUCAGGCAGACAGGUUAGAGAAGGCAAUAACCCAGUUAUAAAAGGUGCUACAAAUACCGUCUACAGCCUCUUAGUCAGUCUACAGGGCAUUACAAAAAAGUCACAACUUUGUGUAAUUGAUUUGUUUUACGUACCUAAAGUA